AAAUCUGGCACUUUCUCAACCCCAUCAAAGAAUGAUGAGGCCGAUCGCCAGUUUCUUAACUCCGCAGUGGUCACAGGGUCCCGAGUACAAUGAUGACAAUGACACAUCUCGAGAUUCCUGCUCGCCCAGGAGGAUUUCCAAUUGGACGAUAAGAAGGACAGGCUUGGCUGCGCGAGGGGCUUAACCCCACGUUCCGAGGUGGCGGCUGGGCUAUCGGUCAAGAUCUGAUUAUAAACUCCCCGCGCCCCUUGCGUAUUUGCGCACGAUGAGUCCGCCAUUUUAAGCUGCAAGAGUUCUGUGCUCCGAUCUUAACAGUAUCUUUCAACAUGUACGACGGAACCGAGCACGAUCCCGAGAAGCCAUCGAGCAUAGAGCUUGAAUAUGUAGCCAACAGUUCGGUCGAAGCCGUCGAUGAAAAGCGGGCUCAAGAAUCGCCGUUCCCGUCAUACAGCCCCGAGAUGGAGAAUCAGGUCCUCCGCAAGAUGGAUCUUCGCAUCAUUCCAAUGCUGGCAAUAUUAUAUCUCCUCGCAUUUUUGGACCGAGGCAAUAUUGGAAACGCAAAGAUUGAGGGACUUUUGGAUGAUCUUCAUAUGACGGGACCCCAAUAUAGUUGGUGUUUGACGGUGUUUUUCUUCACUUACUGCGCGUUUGAGCUACCCAGUAAUCUGGUAUUGAAAAAGUUAAAGCCAUCAAGGUGGUUACCAUUCCUCAUGGUCGCUUGGGGAAUCGUGAUGACCUUGAUGGGCAUUGUUCAAAACUAUGCAGGGUUGUUAACAGCGCGUAUCUUUCUUGGCGUUGCUGGUGAGGACAUCGCCAUGAGCUAUUUAUGGGAUCCUAGAGCUGCAAAAACUAACAAUGUCUACUUCUUAGAGGCUGGUCUCUAUCCCGGUGCUGCCUACUAUAUUACACUUUGGUACCCACGACACCGGGCUCAGUACCGACAAGCCAUGUUCUUCAGCGCGGCCAGUAUUGCCGGCGCGUUCUCGGGUGUUUUAGCGUACGCUAUUGCAAAAAUGGAUGGGGUUGGCGGCUACGCAGGCUGGCGGUGGAUCUUCAUCCUCGAAGGCCUCCUCACCGUAGUCGUAGCCUGUUUCGCACCCUUCGCCAUCCAUGACUUCCCCGAAACCGCCAAGUUCUUAACUGACGAAGAGCGGAAGUAUGUGAUCCACAUGCUGCGCACCCAAAGCACAGGAGGCGCUGCCGCUGAAUCCAGCGAGUUUCGCAUGCAAUAUGUGAUUGACGCCUUACUCGACUGGCAGAUUUACGUGUCCUUGUUCGUAUACUGGGGCAUCACAUGUCCUCUGUACGGCAUCUCAUUCUUCCUUCCGUCAAUCAUCAAGGACCUGGGAUAUACGUCAUCGACCGCCCAAUUGCUCACGGUGCCAAUCUACAUCACGGCAGCAGUAGUCGCCGUCGUUGCUGCCUGGCUAUCGGAUCGUCGCAAACAACGAUCACCAUUCAUCCUCUUCUUUAUGGGUUUGAUCGCCAUCGGAUUUAUCAUCGUCCUUGCAUCGACUGGGAGAGGCGUGCCGGGCGUAGUAUACUUUGGUGUAUUUGUCUCAGUUGUCGGCAUAUAUCCUGCCUUCCCAGGAAACAUCACAUGGCUCAGUGCCAACCUAGCUGGCGACUACAAGCGUGCUUCGGGAAUGGCCAUUCAAAUCGGUCUAGGUAAUCUGGCCGGCGCCAUGGCAUCCAACUUCUACCGCGCCCAGGACGCCCCAAACUACAUAUUAGGUCAUGCUCUAGAACUGGGUUUCUGUGUCGUGGGUAUGAUCGCUGUGGUGAUUCUGCGUUUGUCGUAUCAGAUGGUCAACAAGAAACGAGAUCGGAUGGACGUUUCGGCGUAUGAUGAGGUUGAGAUGGAGAAGAUGGGCGAUCGGUCGCCAAUGUUCAGAUAUAUGCUUUGAAAAAGGUAUUUUUAGAAACAUUCUGUACUUGUUCGGUGUAUUUAUAUCAGUGGAUAUAUAUGCUAUAAUGAGUUUUCA